UCCAGAAAUUCAUCAACAGCAAUGAAGUACAUAAACGUGGAUAUUUCUAUUGUUGUGAUGGUAUACCCUGUGGUGAUAUGGGCGGCUACGCUUUGUGCACUGAGUGGCUUUUUACGCCGCACCGACCCAGAAGGCUCUAUCCGCAGUGAGAGCAGACCCCGAGUAGUCUAAGGCAAUUCUCAAAUUGGAAGCUCAAGCCCAUGGAAGACUUGCCAUUGUGGGUGUUGACCUAUUACUCCUAUGUUGGUGCCCCCACUCAUCCCCAGCUCAAUGCAUACUUUCGUGCCUCACUUUUCGAUCUUCUAUGACUCAGCAAAGCUCCACCGCCUGGACAAACGGACAGGAGUAUAGAAAGACACAGCAAUGAAGAACGGAUAUAGAGAAUCACAAUGUCUCCCAUUCCACAGAUUCUUUUUGUACUUAUAGCUCAACGAGAAUGGGUUGCUACAAGAAUAAGUCGAGGGAGCUCUCUGUAUUGGAAUCUGUUACAAUGAAUAUCACCACGGAGAUUUCCCCAGACAAAGAUUACGUUGAAGUCCAUGCUACGGAAGCAGACAAGGAGCAAUUCCCAGAAGGCGGGAAAGGUUGGCUGGUGGUGUUUGGCUGUACGUGCUGUAGUCUAAUGAGUUUUGGGAUGACGAACUCAUAUGGUGUGUUUCAAACACAUUACGAGACAGUGCUGUUCUCCGACGUGCCAAGUAUCAAGCUGAGUAUUAUCGGGGCCUCACAGGCUAGUAUAUGCUAUUUGGUCACAUCUAUGACAUUGCCGCUGAUCUAUGCAUUUGGGAUUAGACAGGUGUUGUUGUUGGGUUGUUCUCUGAUGAUGGUUGCUAUGUUUGGUCUUUCAACCACACACCAAGGACAGCUGUGGAAAUGCUAUCUCUUCCAAGCAGUGAUGUUCUCCAUAGGUAUGGGGCUCGUUUUUGCAGCCAUCCUUUUCAGUCCGAUCGAAUGGUUCAAAAGAAGAAGAGCGAUGGCACUGGGAAUAUCGAUGAGUGGUGUUGCUGUUGGCGGUAUUAUCUGGCCUAUUAUUUUCAAGAACAUGAUUAAGCACAACAGUUUCAAUUGGACUGUUAGAACAAUCGCUUUUCUAUACGUUCCCUUGUCUAUUGGCGCAGUAAUACUCGUCCCACAGGAACUGGAACCAAGGUUCAUACACAAAGCGGAGACCGUUUCGAAUUCUAGAUGGUGUAUUGAGAAGAUCAAGAAUUUACCAUCAACAUAUCGCACCUCUUUCAAAAACUGGAUUAGACAGACAACAGACAUGAGGUAUGAUUCCAUGCUACUAUCGAAUAUCCUUGGUAUGUUUGGAUCUUAUCCAGCAAUCUUUUACCUUGACUAUUUUGCAACUCUCAUAGCCCCAAAUGCCACCUUCACAAACUACGCAGUGACGAUUUAUAACCUAUUUGGAGGCCCUGGUAGAGUACUCCCCGGUAUAAUUGGUGAUAAAAUUGGCAGAUGCAACUGCUUGAUUGCAUUUCUUCUGGUGCUGAGUAUUUCUAUCUUCACCAUGUGGAUUCCAUGUAUAAAAUACCAGAUACUGCCGUUAUACGCUGUAUUCGUUUGCAUAUUUGGACUCUGUGUGGCACCAUUCUACUCAUUGUUUCCUGCUUGCUUUACACAAAUCUUUGGAACCCAAGGAUCCGAGGCAAGGCUUGGUCUCUUUCUCUUUACAUCUUUCCCGGGCCCCCUACUCGGUUGUGUCAUUGCAGGCUCAUUCAUUCCUAAGGGAACUUCAUCUGCUGAAACAGUGAUUCACGCGUACUACAAACUCACCAUAUAUUCUGGUGUUGUGAUGAUGGCUUGCGCAUUGGUUCUACUGGGCGUUCGGCUGUCAAUCACUAAAAGACUGCUGAGGUUUGUAUGAAGUUAUUACCGCAUAUAACAAAAUUGGUGCCUUUCAUAAUUCUACGUACAGCCCGUUGAUACGAAAACACAUCCAGCACGUGCGAUGGUCAAUCUCAUUGAGUACUUUCAUACCAAUAAAAGACAAUGUACAGCUCUCGAGUAUAUAUAAUUCCAAAGCGUGAACAACAGCCAAUAGUCAACUUGAUAGUGCU